AUGACGCCCACGAAGACCACAAAAACUGAAGUAGAAAUGGUGAUACGAAACAGAAAAACUGUUAUGAAAGACGGGAUCAUGACAAUGUCGGGAAUCGGUGAACCUUCCGUUUUUCACGCUCUGAUCGUUAUCUUUUUGGAGUUUUUCGCAUGGGGCCUGCUCACCAUGCCGAUCAUCUCGGUGCUGAACGCAACCUUCCCGGAUCAUACGUUCCUAAUGAACGGGUUGAUAAUGGGUAUCAAGGGCAUCCUUUCGUUCCUGUCUGCGCCGCUCAUCGGCGCUCUGUCGGACGUGUGGGGACGCAAAUUCUUCCUGCUAGUGACCGUGUUCUUCACCUGUGCGCCGAUCCCGUUGAUGACAAUCAACACAUGGUGGUUCUUCGCAAUGAUCAGCAUCAGCGGAGUGUUCGCGGUUACGUUCUCGAUCGUGUUCGCGUACGUGGCCGACGUGACGACGGAGGCGGAGCGGUCGCGCGCCUACGGCCUGGUGUCGGCCACCUUCGCCGCCAGCAUGGUGAUCUCGCCGGCGCUCGGCGCCUACUUGAUGGAUCUGUACGGCGAAGCGCUGGUGGUCGCCGCGGCCACCGCCGUCGCAGUCCUGGACGUGUUCUUCAUCAUGGUCGCCGUGCCGGAGAGUCUGCCGGAGAAGGUUCGCCCCAGCGGCUGGGGCCCGGCCAUAAGCUGGGAGCAGGCGGACCCGUUCGCGGCGCUGAAGAAAGUGGGCGCGGAGCGCACGGUGCUCAUGUUGUGCGUGGCGGUGUUUCUAUCGUAUCUACCCGAGGCCGGGCAGUACUCGUGCAUAUUCGUGUACUUGAAACUCGUGAUGGGCUUCGGCGUAGUGCAAGUGGCGAUCUUCAUCGCGAUAGUGGGAGUGCUCAGCAUCGGCGUGCAAGUGGUGCUCGGCUUUCUGAUGCGGUCGUUGGGGGCCAAGCACACGAUAAUGGUGGGACUCCUGUUCGAGAUGCUGCAGCUGAUGUGGUACGGGUUCGGCAGCCGCACGUGGAUGAUGUGGGCGGCCGGCGUGCUGGCGGCGCUGGGCUCCGUCACGUACCCGGCCAUCAGCGCCUACGUGUCCGUCAACAGUCGCGCCGACAGGCAGGGCGUCGUGCAGGGCAUGGUCACCGGCGUGCGCGGACUCUGCAACGGGCUCGGGCCCGCCAUGUUCGGGGUCAUCUUCUACCUGUUCCACGUGGACCUGAACGAGGAGCACGCGACGCUGGGCGCGGACGGCAAGCCGGCGCAGGAGCGGUACGUGCGCAUGGUGCCGGGCCCGCCCUUCGUGCUGGGCGCGCUGCUGGUCAUCUGCGCGCUGCUGGUGGCCGCGUUCCUGCCGGAGGACAGCGGGGGCGCGGGCCUGCGUCGCGCGUCGCCGGAGCUCCGGUUCGAGGUGGAGCGCGGCCGACGCGUGGCGGGCCCGCUGUCGCCGCUGAUGGGCCCGGAGUCGGCGGCGCUCUAG